AUGGCUUCCGAACAAACGCCCCUGCUCGAUGAGAGCUCCGAUGGCGGCGACCGCCAGCGCACCGCCAAACGCCAGCGCACCAACAAGAUCCGCGACGUCGCCAUCUUCAGCUGGGCGCUGGUCGCCACCGCCGCCUUCAUCAUCCUCGCCGUGUGGGUGCAGCACCGGGAGCAGACGCGGCCCGUGUCCUCGCCGCCCUCCGCACCCGCCACCAAGCGCAACCUCGUCUUCAUGGUCUCCGACGGCAUGGGCCCGGCCUCGCUCGCGCUGACCCGCGGCUACCGGCAGCACGUCGAGCACCUGCCGCGCGACGACGUGCUCACGCUAGAUCGGCACUUCUGGGGCAGCAGCCGGACGCGGUCGUCGAGCUCGCUCGUCACCGACAGCGCCGCGGGAGCGACCGCCUUCUCGUGCGCGCAAAAGAGCUACAACGGCGCCAUCUCCGUGCUGCCCGACGGCCGGCCGUGCGGAUCGGUACUCGAGGCGGCCAAGCGCGCCGGCUACGCGACGGGGCUCGUCGCCACCACGUACGUCACCGACGCGACCCCGGCGUGCUUCGCCGCCCACGCUGCUCGCCGAGAGAUGAUGGACGCCAUCGCCCUGCAGGAGGUCGGCGAGGGCCCGCUCGGCCGCUCCGUCGACCUCCUCCUCGGCGGCGGCCGCUGCUACUUCCUACCCAACUCGAGCUCCGGCGGCUGCCGGCACGACGACAUCGACGUCACCCGCGUGGCCCGUGAGCGCCAUGGCUGGAACUACGUCGACUCGCGCGCCGGCUUCGACGCCCUCGCCGGCGGCGACCGCGCCACCCUGCCGCUGCUCGGCCUCGUCGCCCACGGCAACGUCCCCUUCGAGCUCGACCGCCGCACCAUGAACGACACCUACCCGAGCCUGGCCGAGAUGACCACCACGGCGCUGCGCGCGCUCGAGCGCGCCACCGCCGACAGCGACAAGGGCUUCUUCGUCAUGAUCGAGGGCAGCCGGAUCGACCACGCGGGCCACAUCAACGACCCGGCCGCGCAGGUGCACGAGGUGCUCGCCUACGACGCCGCCUUCCGCGCCGUCCUCGACUUCAUCCGCGACAGCGACACCGAGACCGUGCUCGUCGCCACCUCGGACCACGAGACCGGCGGCCUCGCCACCGCCCUGCAGGCGCCCGACGAGGACGAGGCCACGUACGACUGGUACCCCGCCGUGCUGGCCCGCGCCACCGCCUCCUGCGAGCGCCUCGCCAGCCUCCUCAAAGCGCGGCACACCAGCGAACACUCUGACCCGGCUGCGCUCCGGACGUACGUCAAGGACGAGCUCGUCGUCAAGGGCCUCGGAAUCUCCGCCGGGGACGUCGCCGACGCCGAGGUGGACGCCCUCGCCGCGGCCGCCGACGAUACCGAGCGCGCGCGCACGUUACUCACGCGCAUCAUCUCGCGCCGCGCGCGCAUCGGCUGGAGCACCCACGGACACUCGGCCGUGGACGUCAACGUGUACUCGUCCGGCGGGCGCGGCACCGAGGCGCUGCACGGCAACGUGGAGAACACCGAGGUGGGCGACUUCCUCCGGCGGUACCUGGACGUGGACGUCGAGGCCGUCACCAGGGAGCUGCAGGCGAGCAGCGGUAGCAGAAGCCGCAGCGACGAGAUCGCCGAGGUGAUGGGGGCGAGGCGCGGCGGCGCGUGGGACGAGUACCACGGUCGCUUGAAGGACUGA